UUUAGUGCGCGACCGCAGGCCAACGCAGUUGGAACGCAUUCUCGGAGCUAUUUGAAGUCCCCGUCUCCUAACCCAUAUAUACUUUUAGAUAUAUACAUAUAUAUAUUCAUAUUCACCAUCACUAUGGAAGACGAUGAGAAAAUGGACAUCAUGCGUAAAGCAUUCCAAAUGUUCGAUACCCAAAAAUCUGGAUUUAUCGAAACUCUACGCCUUAAGACCAUCUUGAACAGCAUGGGUCAAAUGUUCGAGGAGAGCGAACUACAAGAUCUUAUCGAUGAAAACGAUCCAGAAGAUACUGGUAAAGUUAACUUUGAUGGCUUUUGUAACAUAGCAGCCCAUUUUCUCGAGGAGGAAGAUGCCGAGGCCAUUCAGAAGGAACUGAAGGAGGCAUUUCGUUUAUAUGAUCGUGAGGGAAAUGGUUACAUCACCACGUCUACGCUAAAGGAGAUUUUGGCCGCACUAGACGAUAAGCUAUCAUCGAGUGAUUUAGAUGGCAUCAUUGCGGAAAUCGAUACCGAUGGCUCCGGCACAGUGGACUUUGAUGAGUUUAUGGAAAUGAUGACUGGAGAUUAAAAUAGUGUUACAGGCGAAUCCUUAUUGCUGAUACAAAUAAAAAGCUUUUGGUGUUUAAUAAUA